GGAGGGAGAUGAAUGAAAGAGGUUGACUGAGCUGGGAAAGCAAGUGAUGGGAGGAAAGGAAGUGGUGAGCAAGAAGAACGAAGGGAGGGGAAAGGAUGAUCUAAACUGACACACAAUCUGGCUCCUUGUCCCUGCACAACUUUGCUCACACUCAUAAACACAUGAAGAAGUAAUCUUGCUCACACACAUCCUGACAUCCCAUGUCUGAAUCGUAUUUGCUGAUAGAAGGGAGGCAUCGUAUCAUGUUGGGACCGAUAUGACCUGAAUGCAGGUUUAAAAGGAUCUAAUACAUGAAGAAUUUCUGUUUCACUUACUGGAGCCAAUUUUUACAGCUGUGUACUGGAAUGGAUGACGCCUGUUGAUCUGUCCAUAGAUGCAGCACUGGUGCAGGGUAAGAGGAAGAGGGAUUUGUAUGUCAGAGUUUUAGGAUGGCCAGUGAAGGUGCAACUCUUCCAAGUCCUGUCGUCCGCCAAAUUGACAAGCAGUUCUUAAUCUGCAGCAUAUGUCUGGACCGCUACGAAAACCCCAAAGUCCUGCCCUGCCUGCACACCUUCUGUGAGAGGUGCCUGCAGAAUUACAUCCCGGCCCACAGCCUGACCCUGUCGUGCCCUGUGUGCCGCCAGACCUCGAUCCUGCCGGAAAAGGGUGUGGCGGCAUUGCAGAAUAACUUCUUCAUCACCAACCUGAUGGACGUGCUGCAGCGAGCGCCGGACAGCUGCAGCCAGGAGGCCGCCGUCCUCAACAACAUCACGGCUGUCGCCACGGGGCAACUGCUGUCCUGCCCCAACCAUGGAGGCAGUGUCAUGGAGUUUUACUGUCCCCCAUGUGAAACAGCCAUGUGCCAGGAGUGUACAAGUGGUGAACAUGGAGAGCACCCUACUGUGCCUCUUAAAGAUGUCGUGGAACAACACAAAGCCUCAUUACAGGAUCAGCUGGAUGCUGUCAAGACAAGGUUACCGCAGAUCGACUCUGCUCUGCAGACCCUGUCGGAGAUUCUGCAGCAGCUGACCGGUCAGAAGACCUCCAUCGAGGAUGACAUCCAUUCCACCUUUGAUGAGCUCCAGAAGACCCUCAACGUCCGUAAAAGUGUUUUACUCAUGGAGCUGGAGGUCAACUAUGGUCUCAAGCAGAAGGUCCUCCAAGCGCAGCUGGACGCCCUGCUGCAUGGCCAGGAGGGAAUCAAAAGUAGCUGCAACUUCACAGAGCAGGCGCUGAGCCACGGCAGCGAGGCCGAGGUGCUCCUGGUGAAGAAGCAGAUGGGCGAGCGCCUCGUCGAGCUGGCCAGUCAAGACCUACCCCUGCAGCCCGGAGAGAAUGACCAGCUGGACUUCCUCGUGGAGACAGAGGGACUAAAGAAGUCUAUCCACAACUUGGGCACCAUAGUAACCACAAAUGCUGUGGCCUCUGAGACUGUGGCAACGGGUGAAGGGUUGCGGCACUGCGCGGUGGGUGCGCCCACGUCCAUCACCAUAACCACUAAAGACAAAGAUGGAGAGCUGUGCAAGAUGGGUAAUGCUGUCAUCACUGCUCAGAUGUCCUCACCCGAUGGCAGCAAAGGUGAUGGAGAGAUACUGGACAACAAGAACGGCACUUAUGAGUACAUGUUCAUUGCUCCUAAAGAGGGCACUUAUAAUUUAUCUCUGUGCUUAUAUGAACAUCAUAUCAAGGGAAGUCCCUUUAGAAUAAAGGCCAUCAAGUCUAUCGAUGUCUCACCAACUUCAGACGGCACAAAGAAAAGACUGAAGUCCCCGGGAAGUGGACACAUCAAGCAGAAGGCCAUCAAGAGGCCCGCCAGCAUGUACAGCACUGGGAGGAGGAAAGAAAAUCCCAUUGAAGACGAUCUCAUCUUCCGAAUAGGCACAAAAGGAAGAAACAAAGGCGAGUUCACUAAUCUGCAGGGCGUGGCUGCCUCCUCCCUGGGAAAGGUGCUGAUCGCAGACAGCAACAACCAAUGUGUUCAGAUUUUUUCCAAUGAUGGCCAAUUUAAAAGUCGUUUUGGCAUCCGAGGUCGGACUCCGGGUCAGCUGCAGCGGCCGACAGGUGUGGCUGUCCAUCCCAACGGGGACAUCAUCAUUGCAGAUUAUGACAACAAAUGGGUCAGCAUCUUCUCAGGUGAAGGCAAGUUCAAGAAUAAGAUCGGCUCAGGGAAGCUGAUGGGUCCUAAAGGCGUGGCGGUGGACAAAAACGGACACGUCAUUGUGGUGGACAACAAGGCCUGCUGUGUCUUCAUCUUUCAAAUUAACGGCAAGCUGGUUACUAAAUUUGGUAACCGAGGCAACGGUGACAAGCAGUUUGCAGGUCCUCACUUUGCUGCUGUCAAUAACAACAAUGAAAUCAUUGUGACAGAUUUCCACAACCACUCAGUCAAGGUCUUCAACACAGAGGGGGAAUUCCUGCUGAAGUUUGGGUCCAAUGGAGAAGGCAACGGCCAGUUCAACGCCCCCACAGGCGUCUCCGUGGAUGUCAACGGAAACAUCAUAGUAGCGGACUGGGGCAACAGCAGGAUACAGGUGUUUGACGGCAGCGGCUCUUUCCUGUCUUACAUCAACACAUCGGCGGACCCGCUGUACGGCCCGCAGGGCCUGGCCCUCACCUCUGACGGGCACGUCGUGGUCGCUGACUCCGGCAACCACUGCUUCAAAGUGUACCGCUACCUGCAGUAGCCCCCCCACCACCACCACCACUAGACAUACCUGUAUAUAUCGUACAUGCGUAAAACUCAAACAGUUGUGUGUAGAUACUUGAAGAUUUUGCACUCAUCCACUCACCCAUUCAUCUAUGAAUGGCGCUGCCUUUGUGCCAUCAGUUUGACUUUUCUCCUUGCAGUUUGACUCCUGAUGCUGAAGAAACGAAAAACAAUGAAUCGUGCUUGCGAAUGAAGCGAGGGGGAUCUCCGACGUUUACAGAAGCCUGCCGCUGACCGGUGCUUUGGAGAGCCGCUUGUAACCUUGUUCACAUUCCAUUUUAAGCUUGCCGAUUUAAAAAAAAUUAAGCUUUAAUAGUGUUCACUAGGUAAACCUGUCACAUCUUGACACAUUGCAAAAAACUUGAAAUGAACAGUGGUGAACUUCUUUCUAAGAUCACUGGCUUGUUAAGUGAGAUUAGAUUCAUAAUAAAAUGUACCUUAGGUACCAGAGGCAUAGUGGGACACAACAAUACUAUAUAGCUUCCUGUUUUAAAAAAAAGCCCUUCACUAUGAAUUAAAAAAUAAUGCAGCUCCUGCAUUGUAGGUAGUGGGGCAUUUUGAGCAUGAUUUGGCUGUGCAUGCGGUUUUGUUUUUUUAUCCAAAAAAAGCAAAACAAAGAACUACUGUACACAAUAUAUAAAACACUAAGACCACAGAAAAAUCUAGUUGAGGCACUAUUAGGACACCUAUACCUGCAGUUGACUUGAGAACAAUCGUUUCAGUGUUGUCAGCCAUCGUUUUAAAUAAACACAGAAGCAUGCUGGUGACUUGAUUGGUUCAAAAAAAUCAAUUAUACUAAUGUAUGUGUUGAGGAUAAGUGUUCCUGUUUGUGUCUGUUGUGGUCAUUUGUAACACAAGCCACCUGCACUGACUUCAGUGUGUACAUCCUGCCCCUGUGUGUUUUAGGAUUAUGUCAACUUCAAUUCUGCUGUGAUAAUGGGCAAAUAUCAGAUAAAAUGGUGAAUAUUAAGUUGACAAGGUACAUUUAUUUGAAAAUGUUGUUCAUCAUGCUGAAAACAGGUUUAACUAAACAGCAUCAGAGGCACAACUGCAGACAUUUGAUCAUUCUCACUUCUCUUCAUGUGCUCUUACUGUACUGUAAAUAUGUCUUUUAAAUAUAUUUAUAGAACUACUAACGGCUUGUAAUUUAGUAAAAACAAAAUUGUCUUAUCUUCACACAGAAGAAAUUGCAAUAUGUAGAUCAACACUCAAAGUGUAUGUUGUACAAAAAAAGCACCUGUGUUCCUUUUAGAAAGCCUUGCUCAGACACUGUUGGUCUUCAAGCACACAAUUGUCAAUAUUUGCUGUCCAGAAUUUGGUCAUCCAUUUUCUACACAAUCCUGAGAAUUUAUUUAAUUGUCUUGUUUAUAUUUGUAAUGCCAAAUUGAAUUAAAGUGCCCAUAGAAAAAAAUUGCCUUUGGUUCUUUGCAGUAGAUCUGUAGUCAUGGUAUAUAUCCAUCCAUCUAUUUUCUAUACCCGUUUCAUCCUUUUGCAUAUAUAUAUUUAUUUUCUUUAA